AUGGCUGUUGGAAUUCCCGUUAAGCUUUUAAACGAAGCGCAAGGCCAUGUCAUCAGCUUAGAGCUGACAUCAGGCGAGACAUACAGGGGAAAACUACUAGAGUGUGAGUUGUUUUUUAUGUUUUUCUUUUGGCUGCUUUCAGCAUACUAA